GGUACAUGUCUAGGUAUUAAGGUAGGGCAGGCCUACAUUUACCGUGACAUGACGCGCGCGACGUCACAAUCUGAACUUCAACCCUUUCAAAUCCUCAUCUCUUAAAAUCCCUCCUUAUUCCGUCAUCUUCGAAUUACCGAUGCUCUGUUUCCCUAUGUUCGUACUGAUGCAGUCCGUGAACUGGCCGCAAUCCAUCACACACACGAGAGAUCCAAGUCCCUGACACUUUCUAAUUCAAUUCAAUUCGUGAAGAGUUGAAUCCGGCGCAACGAUCAGAUCAAUUUUCAAGCAUACAAAUCACUACGGCAUCCUUUCGUAAGAUAAGCUAGAAUGGCUGCGCACGAAUAUGACGAGAUAGCGGUGAUGGAUGAGGAUAUGAAGGGUGAUAAUGAUAAUAACCAUGGAAACAAUAACAACAAUAUCAAUAUCAGUAGUCACGGGUUUGGAAUAAUCGAACGGUCACCCCUCUCAAAAACUAGAAGUUUGUCGGAUGGAGGUGGAACAACACAAUUAUCUCCAUCCCCUCAUAUUCUCGAAGCCUCACGAAGAACAUCAAAGGACGAUACCGACAGUUCUUUGGUUACACGCGAGAGAACACAAGAUCCAACAUCAGCAUCAGCAUCAUCAGCAGCGGUAGCAAUGGGAACAACAGGAACAUCUACAACAAAUAAUAAUUCUUUAGUCACUCCCGUUACGCCCCGACGACCAGAAUUCCCCAUGCGCGGCCUGUCGCUGCAGAUGUCACAGUGCGAUUCAUCUGUUUCGCCCGCCCAGACGCCCAACCACGUCAAACUCGCCCCUCUUUCCCCGAAACUCGACCAUUCCCAAAUAUAUGCCUCCCCCACAAAUAUCCUCCCGAGACGAUCGCGUGGUCUAGAUUUUUCGAGGGCCGCUACAAGUUUACAUCAUUCUACCCUUGCCGAACAAUCAUCCCCCGAUUCCUCACCUACUAUCGGCGGACGUGCUAUGAACAUACCCGGCCGUAGUACUGGCGAAUAUGGUCAAGAACAAUCUGUAAAUUCCUUGUGGUCCAUGAUGGGUAACCAAGAACGUAUGAAUAUUUCUAGCUCGGUAGGGAGCACCAAUCCUCUAGCUUCCGAUUCUUCCUCGAGCUCGGGUGAUGAUGAUUAUAUGGAUGAAGAGAUGGAAGAUGCCAUUUUCAGUACACCACAAGCAGCUAAGAGCAACCAACAAAUUGGCGGUAUCCUAUCCGGUUCUAUGAACAAUGUCGUCCCGUGGAUGUCUUCAGCAUCGCCUGCUAUCAACAGUCUUCAGAGCUUCCGAACGCGACCGCGAAAACAACCCAGGAAAAGACAACGCGGCCUAGCUGGCUUAGGCUUCAGCCCUGCCGCUCCACAUACAUAUUCCAAGUCACCGCCGAACAACGUCGUGAAGGAGAUUAAAGAUGUUCCUAUCCAUGCACGAAGAGAAAGCAUUAGUUGGGCUGCGAAUCAGUUGCAUAUCUCGGGUAGUGAGAGUGAAGAGAAGUCUAUGGAUGCCGGUGAAGCAAUACCACGAGAUGGUACUAGAGGUGUAGUCAAGCGCGCCGUGACGCGGAGAGGUAGUCUUCUGCCAAAGACGAAAGGCUUCGCGCGUAUCCGUGCCGCACUGGCAGAAGAAAGUACACCGGUAGAUUCCGAAGUCCGCCGAGAAGCCGAAGUUAUCCGUCAAGUUCGCGAGAGUGAUAUGGACCUCGAGCCUCGCGUUACACCUAACCCCCCAGCAUUAGACAUACCGUCUAUGUCUACCGCACAAUCAUCGCCGAAUCUAAAUACCGCCCAAGAAUCUCUCGACGAUACACCGGAAGACGAUAUGAUGACCGACUCAGCAUUAUCAAGCAGUUUUAAGCAACAAGCUAUGAAGAACUCGAAGGGUAAGAACUUCUGGGAAACCUUCUCCGAGACGGGUAGUGUUGCCGGUAGCCGAGUCACACCUCCGCCUUCGUCGUUUAUGCCUAGAGGCUCCUCGUCUGGGAUGAGUGAAGACGUUAAUAUGGAUUCACCAUCCUUGUCGGCGGGUUCCGGUAACAUAGGACCUUUCGGCCCAGGUCCCCUCAAUGCCGGUGGUCCUGGAAGCGAGAGUCAGAAAUCGGAUACCCCUCAACCGGCUUCGGGUUCAGUAUCCCAAGGAGGCAGUGUCCCUCCGACUGCGGCGGAAAUUACUCGCCGUAUUAACAACAAGCGGCGAAGAGACGACGACUUCGACCCGCAUAGUUUCAAGCGAAGAGCUGUGAGUCCGGGCAUGAACAGUGUCCACAACUCACCUAUCACGCAAAGUCCUCUACAACGAGACCUCAACCCUUGGGGCUCUCGACCAGGCAGUAAUCAUGGUGGCGAUAAAGCCUCGGCGACCCCCAGCGAGAAUGGAAGUAAUGGCGGAAGUGGUAGCGGAAGACCUAUCAACGGCGCCAAAGGCCGGGUGGGAUUCCAGGGUAUGGUUGAUACGAAUGAUGGCUUGAUGCGGAUGAGCAUUGAGUAGAUUAGAAGGAGAAGGGCGGUUGUUUUUUGAGAUGAAUCUUGCUUCCGGCAUUAGCAUUUGGAGUUGUGGCAAUGUGAUUUGGAUAUGAACUGCAAGGGAUGCUAUCCAUCCCUUUACCGAUACCAAGAUGGAUCGGGGGAGCCUAGGUCGUUCAGAUG